AUGUUCUCUGUCUUCCUGUUUAUUACAGCAUCACUCGCAGCUUAUCCAGUCGACUUACAGUACCCAGUCCCAUUCUGGCAUGUUUUUGUUGGUAUAGACACGCAUUUUGGCACUUCUUUUAAUUACGAAGUUGAUGUUCCAAACAACAUCGGCAACAAGUGUUACACAAUCACAACUGGUGUUUCUAUCAAAAUUGAAAAUAAUCAGUUGAGCAUUUUUGACAAUUCGAAUUGUAAUGGGUACAGAAAAACAUACAUGGAUGCAAAUGAGUAUUACAAACAAUGUGGCAUUUGCAACGGGUUUGGAAUAGCUGGAAGCUCAUAUCCCGCAUAUAUGGUGAUUCCCCUCGACAAUCCAAUCAUGGUAAAAUACGUAGUUGAUACUACUGAAGCCAAUUGCCCAGCUGGCAAUUACAUUCCAUCUUACAUUCUCUCAACACAAAAAGAACUUAGCUUCAGUUACAUCUUGGGUGGUGUUAACAAUGUUUACAACUUUGGGUUCAGAAUCAAUCAAACUGACAAGAACCACAUCACAGGUGAGUGGCUGGACAAACUUCCAUCAGACUCAACAGCCAAACCAGUAGAACCAUCACAACCAGAAACACCAGAAAAGCCAUCAGAGCCAGAAAAGCCAGUGGAACCUUCAAAACCAGUUGAUCCACCAGUGACUUCCACAGAACCAUCAGAAUCGGAUAAACCAGUUAAACCCUAA